AUGCCCGACGCUUCGAAUAUAUUUGACGCCAACAUCAGGAGGGAUACUAGUUCCAACGCUCCGACGGAAUUAUGCUCUUCGGUCGAUUCUCUUUUUUCUUCUGGGCCUGCUUCAAGCACAAUUGGACCUACCAAAGAUUUUGUCGAGUUCGAGGCUGAAAUAAAAGAAAUCAAAAGGCAGAUCGAUGCGUUCCCAGCUACUGGUUCCACCGACCAUGCUACUGCUUCUGGGGCAGUCAAACAUUUCCAGGAUGACUUGACUAGCAAUGGAGCUGCCAGUGAGAAUAAUAAGAAGAGUGGCAAUUAA